GUAAUUUUUCCAACUCAGAUCCUGGGCUUAAUGCUGUCAGUUCAUCUCAUUUCUAAAAUACUCAGUAGAAAUAAAAAUUUCUGUCUUUCAGUUUUCAAAUGUGGCAACUGAUAUGAAGUUUGAACAUACAUUGUGGUGGUCUAAAAAAACACUGGUUGGAUUUUGCCUAUGAACUGCAUUUGUAGCACCUGGACUAAAGUGCUGAAACAUUUUUGUUGGAGAAAUGUCUUCAAAGACAGAAAAGGAUGAAGAGAGGCUGGUUCAAGCUGCCAAAACAUUCUUUCUUUCCAUUCAAGAUUUUGCUUCCUUCACGAACACACUCACCGAAUUGUUUAAUAGCUGUAUGAAUUCUAAGAUCAUCACAAUGGCUGUGAAAGAAGAUAGUUAUGUUAAGGAAGUCUUUGAACAAAUGGUCAGAAUUUUUAGGGAGAUGCAAUCUGUAGUGAAGGCCAAGGAUGACAACGUGCAAAAGCAACCUUUAUUUUCCAAGAUUGCAGCAGUGAUGGGCACUGAGAAGACUACGGAUAAUGCAAAAGAGUUGCAGUCGUCAUAUAGACAAAAGGUAGCACAAGGCAAUAUACCAUUCGUUGUCUCUCUGAUAAGUAGUGGUAACAUCGUUGCGAAUUUGGAAUCUGCUCUUUCACUCUUGCUGAUGCAUCCCAUCAUGAGUCUUCAAUUAAGUGACUUGUAUAGACAAGACACGAAAGGGCAAUCAGAUGCUACCACAUCUGAGCAAAGCCCAAGGGCAGGUCCAUCCACAACCACUACAGUAGACACAGUGAAAAAGUUGCAGAAUGCACUAAGAAUUGCGAAUGCUAAGAAUACCAUUGAGUCAGCCGCAGACCAGUUGGAGCAAAUUGUUAAAAAUAUGAGACCAACCUUAGAGAUCCUCCAAAAGGCCAUACAGACGAUGGAAGUUAGUGCUUAUGGGGUUAAGAAAGUCAAUGACUAGUAGAAGUGCAACAGAAGUGCUAAUUUCUGGCAGAAAAUGAGUUCAAAAUCCUGUGAGUUUUCAUAGCACAUUUUUAGAUCUCUGAUGCCAGACAUGUGGUCUACUGGGACAUUGGUGCAAAGAGUAGUCACUUGGCAAACAAUUUACUUCAAGUUUGCUUUAGUCAAAUAAAAAUAAUUUAAAAAGCCCACUUGAAAUGGUAUUACUAAAAACAAUUUAUUGUUAAAAAAAUCAAUGUAAUAUUACAGUUGAGGAUGUUUCUAAACAUUUUACAUCAUCUUAAAGAAUGAUCUAAAUAACCUUAAACUAAUUUUCACUCUUAGUAAUUCUAUUCCUAGUUACUACAGUGCAAAGUCCAGGUAAAUAUAAACAUUAUCAAUAGAUAAUCUGGCAGAAACGAUGUUCAGAAUUAGGAAGCAUAUAAAGCAACCCUCUGCAUUUUUGUCACUCAUAUACCAAUUUCUAUAUACCUCAGGGCCUAAUCAAUAUUUUUUAUGACAAGUAAUAGAAUUUUAUUACAUGAAUAACAUUAGAGUAUAUGAUUUGUUUUCAUUGGUCACCUACUGAGAUCUUAUGAUUAGCCUAUAUUAGAGGCUGAAAAUUGGAGAUGAUCUAAUCUUCCACAAUGAAAUUACCAUGACACUGAGAUGUGCUUGUAGCGGGGAAGAAAAGUUAGAUAAGUCCAUUUAUCUACCAUAAAGUCUUCGGCUCUCGUGCGUUAUAAAUGAAUUUAUGCUCUCAAGAUUGCCCUAUUUCACUUGACAACUAACAGGAACUUUGUUGAGAAUAAGAAAAACAAUUAUUAACUCUAGUUAUUUGUUGGAAUUUUCUUUUUGAGGGAAAAUUCUUAAGUUAUUUUCUUAAACAUUUCCUCAUUUAAAAUGUAAACCUUAUUUUCUCCUUUAAAAAGAAAAUGUCUCUGUACUCUGUUAAAAAAAAAAAAAGAGAAAAGCCUGGCUGGUGUGGCUCAGUGGUUGAGUAUCAACCUAUGAACCUGGAGGUCAGGGUUGGAUUCCUGGUCAGGGCACAUGCUCAGGUUAUGAGCUUGAUCCCCAGUGUGGGGCAUCCAGGAGGCAGCCAAUCAGUGAUUCUCCCUCAUCAUUGUUGUUUCUAUCUCUUUCUUCCUCUCCUCUCUGAAAUCAAUAAAAAUAUAUUUUAAAAAAGAGGCUGAAACAUGAGAAACUGAAAGGGAAAGAAAUUACUUGCGAGCUUUUGAUGAAGAGGGAAGAAGAAGGUAUUCUAUGUACUUUUUAGUCUUCUAUGCACUCACUCCACCAAGAUAACCUCCUUACUUAUGGCUGCUUGAAAGUUGCACUUUUGUUAGCCCAGACAAGAAAGUUGCACUUUUGUCAGCUCCAAAGCCAAGGCUGUCAUUGUAAUUACCACUGUAAUUAACUAAGGCAUUCUUUCCUUGCUCCCUAACAAUAAGACCAUCACAGUAUCCAGUGGUGAGGGUAAAGGAGAUUUUGACUAUUUCCAGGGUUUAGAGGGCUUGGAAAAAGCAUUCAUUUUAAUACAUGAAUUCUGCAUUUUGUCUCAGCUCCAAAGCUGAAACCUCGUUCAUUUGCAAUAGAUAUCCGUUAAUUGGUGUCUUAUAUUGAGGAAAAUCUUGAGCUGAUUCAUUUGCUAUUCUCCCCUCAAAAAUACACAUAUAUAAAUGGGAGUAGGGAGGUGCUGCUCUCACUUUGCUGCUUUUUUGGAACCUGUCUGUGUCCUGGGUUUCAUUCCCUCCUCUUGGUUGUAGUUUGUGUCUCAGAAUGUUUCAACAGCUGGGGGGAUCCACGUGGAAAUGAAUGGGACUACAGAAUAAAAAUAAGGGAGUAUCCUUAUAUUCAUCAUAACUCCUCCAAUUGCUUGAAAUAAAAAGUUUAAUUCAAAUUAUUUAAGCGAAAAUAUAGUUUAUUGAUUUAUAUAAUGAAAAGCCUACAGUAUGCAAUUUCAGGAACAGUUGGAUCUCGGGUCUUGUUCACUCUCAUCCGGACUCAGUUUUUUUCAUUUCUUAGCUCUUCCUUUACUGUGUUAGCUCCAUUCUCAGGGAGGUAUUAAUCUCCACUCAAAAAAAAAAAAAAAAAAAAGGCCCAUACAAUUCCCAAAGCCAAAGAAGUGUCCCAAAUUUAUCUCAUAAACUCUGAUUGUGUCAUUUUCUACUCCAGCACGAUCUCUGCGUCCAUGGAGAAGAAACAUACUGAGUUACAGGCCC